AAUCGAAUCCCCUUCAUUCUCGUCGACCUCUCAAAAUUCCGGUCGGUCCAAGUUGACAUCCCAGGCAACAGUGCUUGGGUUGAAGCAGGUGCCACCAUCGGCGAAGUUUAUUAUAGAAUUGCUGAGAAAAGUAACAUCCAUGGCUUCCCUGCAGGCCUUUGCACUAGCCUUGGCAUUGGUGGGCACAUCACAGGUGGUGCAUAUGGUUCGAUGAUGAGGAAAUAUGGCCUCGGUGUCGAUAAUGUCAUCGAUGCUCGAAUCGUCAAUGUGAAUGGAAGAGUUCUCGACCGAGCAGCCAUGGGAGAAGAUCUUUUCUGGGCAAUUAGAGGUGGCGGAGGUGCAAGCUUUGGCAUCAUCGUUCAAUGGAAGAUAAAGCUUGUUCCGGUCCCGGCUACCGUCACUGUUUUCACCGUGACCAAAUCUCUAGAACAAGAUGCAACAAAGAUCCUUUCUAAAUGGCAAACUGUUGCGGACAAUCUCGACCACGAUCUUUUCAUUAGAGUCAUAAUUCAAGUAGCAAACUCCGGAAGAAACAACUCCAAAACCGUGACAACGUCGUACAGUGCACUGUUUCUCGGUGAUGCCGAAAGACUCCUCCGAGUAAUGCAGCAGAGCUUCCCCAAACUCGGUUUAACACAGAAAGAUAGUACCGAAACCACCUGGAUCAAAUCUUUGCUUUACAUUGCGGGCUACUCGAGCAACACUCCUCCAGAGGUUCUUCUCCAGGGGAAGUCAACGUUCAAGAACUAUUUUAAAGCCAAAUCAGACUUCGUUGAACAAGCCAUACCCGAAACAACACUAGAAGGUCUCUGGAAAAGACUGCUCGAAGAAGACAGUCCAUUGAUGAUAUGGAAUCCAUACGGCGGAAUGAUGGCGAGGAUUUCGGAAUCUGAAACCCCUUUCCCGCAUCGACAACAGACCAAAUUCAAGAUACAGUAUGUGACCACUUGGCAAGAUGGCGACAACAACGUGUCGAAGCAUAUCGAUUGGAUCAGGAGGCUGUACAAUUACAUGACCCCGUACGUUUCGAUGUUUCCCCGAGGUGCAUAUGUGAAUUACCGGGACCUCGAUUUGGGGAUGAACAAGAACAUCAACACGAGCUUCAUCGAGGCUAGCCGUUGGGGAGUCAGUUACUUCAAGGAUAACUUCAUGAGAUUGGUGAAAGUGAAAACCAGAGUUGAUCCCAACAACUUCUUCAGGCAUGAGCAGAGCAUUUCAUCUCUUCAGGGUCAAGCUAGAUUUUAGUAUGAAUAAUGCACUUCCCUUUUGUCCUUAAUUUGUAGCCUAAUGUUGCUUUUAUCUCGAGAAAAGAAAUA